AUGAAGGCCCAGUGGCUGCUUCUAGCGCUGGCCUGCGCCAUCCUCAUCGGUGCGUGCGCCCAAGAUGAGGUGGACAUACACCUGGCUGAAACAGCUGAGCUCCAGGAGGAAGAUCUGGGGCCGAUUGAGGAGCGCACGCACUACUGGUUCAACGAUGUGACGGCCGAGUCUCAGUGGGCUAAGCCCGAGUACGAGUACACCGAUCCCAGCAGCGGCGAUGUGUACUAUGUCGACCCCGAGACCAAGGAGACGAGCUGGGACAAGCCCGACAGCCUGAAAUGGACAGAGGUGGAGGACAAUGACGGCAAGGGCACUUACUAUUACAACGAGGGCACCAGCGCCAGCCAGUGGGAGAAGCCCGCCAUGCUGGCCUGGAGGCAGGUGUCUGUGGAGGAGGGCGACCCGCCCCUGGAGGAUGCCCACGAAGAGCUCGGCCCGCUCAGCGGCGGGGACGACGACCUCCCGUAG